AUGUUGAAUCAGUGGAUUCUUUUGGUGGUGGUGGUGCUUCACCGUGGGACAAUCAGUACCAUGGUAAAGUUCAACAAUGGUGCAUUUGAAGACAUAGUUAUUGCUAUUAACCCAGGAUUACCUGAAGAUGACAACAUCAUUAACAACAUAAAGGAUAUGGUUAAAGAAGCAUCUUCUUAUCUCUUCGUUGCUACAGAGCAAAGGUUUUAUUUCAAAACGGUAAAAGUUGUGAUUCCUUUGACAUGGGCUGUCAAACCUGAAUAUGCAAGAGUAACUACAGAAUCUUACGCCAAUGCUGAUAUCAUCGUGGCCGAUCCUUUCAUAAAAUAUGGAGACGAACCUUACACCUUGCAGUAUGGAGGGUGCGGAGAACAAGGGCGCUACAUUCAUUUCACAUCAAACUUUCUCACAAAUGAUAGUCUACUAGAUGUUUAUGGAUCGCGAGGAAGAGUCCUAGUCCAUGAAUGGGCUCAUCUCAGAUGGGGUGUCUUUGAUGAAUACAAUAAUGAUGCACCUUUCUAUACUACUGGAGUCAACAAGGCUGAAGCCACAAGAUGCUCAUCUGAUAUCAUUGGGCAAUAUAUAUUCAGAACAAGUACUGGAAAGACUAGAAAAUGCAAAAUUGAUCACCGGACUCAGCUUUAUGAAGUUGGAUGUCAAUUUAUUCCAAAUAAACAGCAAAGUGUUCCAGCCUCUAUAAUGUAUAUGCAAAGUCUUCCUUCAGUCAUUCGAUUCUGUGACAAAAGUAACCAUAAUAUUAAUGCAACAAAUAUGCACAACAAACUGUGCAAAUACAGCAGCACAUGGGAAGUCAUUAUGGACUCCACUGACUUUAACCAUUCGUCCCCAUUAAGUGCUCCUCCACCUGACCCUGUUAUUUCCUUGCUGCAAACACGGGACAGAGUUUUGUGUUUAGUGCUUGAUGUUUCUGGAAGUAUGAUUGGGGCACGCGUUGCUCGACUGAAGCAAGCUGCAGAAAUAUUCCUCCUUCAGAUUAUUGAAGGUGGCUCCUGGGUUGGAAUUGUCACAUUCAAUACCAAAGCCACAAUUCAGACUGGGUUGCAACAGAUCACUGAUGACAGCGUGCGUAAAAGUCUUACAGGCUAUCUUCCAGUUACAGCAGGUGGAGGAACUAUAAUAUGCAAUGGAGUGGCAGCAGGAUUUGAGGUGUUUAAGAAAAAAUAUGCAAGUACAGAAGGCUGUGAAAUUGUGCUUUUGACAGAUGGAGAAGAUUCAACAAUAUCCUCUUGUUUUAAUGCUGUUAAUACAAGUGGGUCGAUAAUUCACACCAUUGCUUUGGGGCCACGUGCUGAUAUAGGUCUAGAGAAACUGGCAGAUAUAACAGGGGGUCUGAAAUUUUCUGCGACUGACAGUUUGGAUUCUAAUGGCCUCAUAUAUGCUUUCACUGGAAUUUCAUCAUCGGAUGGAAACCUCACUCAGCAAUCUAUUCAGCUUGAAAGUAAAGCACAAAACAUCAGUCCCUUCAAGUGGCUGGACGGUAUCGUGUCCAUUGAUCCAACUGUGGGAAAUGAUACUUUCUUUGUUGUUACUUGGAGUCCAGCCAUUUAUCCACCAGGGAUAUUACUGAAAGAUCCCAAAGGGAGAAGAUACACUCACACAGACUUUACAAUUGAGAGCACCACCCUUGGAACAGCUCGACUUAAGAUCAAUGGAACUGCGGAGCCAGGAGAUUGGACUUAUUCUGUUCAGAACACACACACGGCUUACCAAGUCCUUUCCAUAACAGUCACCAGCAGAGCAGCCUCUGAAAAUGUGCCUCCAGUGACUGUGAAGUCCUAUCUGAACAGAGAAAGCAACACCUUUCCUAGCUCAAUAGUUAUUUACGCAGAAGUCAGCCAAGGGUUCUUGCCUGUUGUUGGAGCAAAUGUCACGGCCACAGUUGAAUCUGCAUCUGGGACAUCUACAGAGUUAGAGCUUUAUGACAAUGGUGCAGGAGCUGAUAUUCAGAGACUUGAUGGAAUCUACUCAAGAUAUUUCACGAAGUUCAUAGAAAAUGGAAGGUACAAUAUCAAAAUACGUGUCCAAGGGAAAGGCGACACUGUCAGAAGGGUUCGCAGGUGGAGUCAAGCUCUGUACAUACCGGGUUAUGUAGAAAAUGGUGAAAUAAAAAUGAACUCACCAAGACCUGAGCCUAGUGAAGAUGAAACGCAAGCAAACCUAGGAAAUUUCAGCAGAACAGCAUCAGGAGGAUCUUUCGUCAUGUCUGGAGUUCCUCCUGGAGUUCCUGGGGAUGCCUUCCCACCAAGUGCAAUCACUGAUCUUGAGGUAGAACUCAAUGAGGAUGGGGAAUUCCUUUUGUCCUGGACGGCUCCUGGGGACGAUUUGGAUUCAGGAACAGCUGAAAAAUAUGAAAUCAAAAUGAGUGAAAACCCUUUGGAGUUAAGAAAUGCUACUUUUGAUAAUGCCACCUCUGUGAAUACAUCUGGCCUGGUACCAGAAGCUGCUGGGACCCAUCAAUCCUUUCAGUAUAAGCCAGAUACUUUCUCCAAAGAAAAUGGCACCUCCAUCUACUUUGCUAUCCGUGCCAUUGAUAACUGCAGCAAUGUGGGAGAAGCAUCUAAUAUCGCUAGAGCAGUUCUGCUACUUGCUCCAUUGCCAAGUACUCCUAGCCCAGCUGAAACUACACACAGCACUUCCCACAUUCCAUCUGGUGGUAAAACUACGCAUUCUAAUAAUGAAAACAAUAACACACUUGCUCGGUCACUGUACACUGUUCAAAGUGCAAAGUAG